CAGCGGAUCCUUCCAGAAGCGCCGACAAAGAGGCGAGGAGGUGCCACCCAGGGCGGCGGCUACGAGAGGAGCUAAAGGGGGAGCGCGAGCUGGACGUCCCGACCCGCCGUGCGUACUUUCUGAGGGAAGGGGCGGGGAACCGGCCCCGGGAGGGGGGCGCCAGUUGGCUGGGGGGGAGCCGAGUUCCGGCCGCGGCGCCUCCUCCGCUCCCACGAGAGGAAAGUUUUCUCCGACGCUUCCGGCCAGCCCGCGCCCUCUGGUUCCAGCCUCCCGAGUCUUCGGAGCGGGCGCGUCCCAGCCCAGCUCCGGGGAGGCCCAGCCGCGAUGCCUGCGGGGUGCACCCGGGGCCCCGCUGCCGGGGACGGGCGACUUCGGCUAUUGCGGCUGGCCGUGGUCCUCCUAGGCUGGGUCUCCUCGUCCAGUCUCAGCUCGUCGGCAUCUUCUUCCAUCCCCUCGGCGUCGUUCGUGGCCCAUGCGGCGUCCGCCCAGCCCCCGCUGCCGGGUCAGUGCCCUCUGCCUUGCGAGUGUUCGGAGGCGGCGCGCACGGUCAAGUGCGUCAACCGCAACCUGACCGAGGUACCGGCGGACCUGCCCCACUACGUGCGCAACCUGUUUCUCACCGGCAAUCAGCUGACCGCGCUGCCCUCUGGCGCCUUCGCCCGCCAGCCCCCGCUGUCGGAGCUGGCCGCGCUCAACCUCAGCGGCAGCCGUCUGCAGGACGUGCGCGACUACGCCUUCGAGCAUCUGCCCAGCCUGCGCCAGCUAGACCUCAGCCACAACCCUCUGACCAACCUCAGCUCCCACGCUUUCUUGGGGAGCAACUUAAGCAGCAACGCCAGCAUCCAGGACCCCAGCCCUCUAGUGGAACUGUACCUGAACCACAUCGUGCCCCCUGAGGAGCAGGAGAAGCGGAGCUUCGAGGGUGUGGUGGCAGAGGCCCUAAGAGCCGGUCAAGCACUGCGCGGGCUUCAGCGCUUGGAGCUGGCCAGCAACCACUUUCUCUACCUGCCCCGGGACGUGCUGGCCCAACUGCCCAACCUCAGACAUCUGGACCUGCGCAACAACUCGCUGGUGAGCCUGACCUAUGUGUCCUUCCGCCACCUGACACACUUAGAAGACCUCCACUUGGAGGACAACGCCCUCAAGGUCCUUCAUAACGGCACGUUGGCAGAAUUGCAAGGCCUGCCGCACGUCAGGGUCUUCAUGGACAGCAAUCCCUGGGUCUGCGACUGCCAGAUGGCUGACAUGGUAGCCUGGCUCAAGGAGACAGAGGUAGUGCAGGGCAAAGCCAGGCUCACCUGUGCAUUCCCGGAAAAAAUGAGGAAUCGUGUCCUCUUGGAACUCAAUAGCUCUGAUCUAGACUGCGACCCUAUCCUCCCUCCAUCUCUACAGACUUCUUAUGUCUUCCUGGGUAUUGUUUUAGCAUUGAUAGGUGCCAUUUUCCUUCUGGUUCUGUAUUUGAACCGCAAGGGGAUAAAAAAGUGGAUGCAUAACAUCAGAGAUGCCUGCAGGGAUCACAUGGAAGGGUAUCAUUACAGAUAUGAAAUCAAUGCGGAUCCUAGGUUAACAAACCUCAGUUCUAAUUCGGAUGUCUGAGAAACAGUAGCAUACAGAACAAGGACAACUAUGCAUGAGAUGUAGACUUACGCUUUUUCCUGUCCUAGGCUUCUUCCACCUCCACCCUCCACUAUAGACACCACUGACUUUGAAAGCAGUGAAGGGGAUUUGUUAUGUAAAGUUUUUUUUUUUUCUCCCCCUUAGUGUGUUCUGUUAAUGUAUGACCCUGAACAACUGUGUGUAGUGUUUUACCUUUAUCAUUUUUUUGUGAAACUCCUCAAUACAUGUGGAGGGAAUUUUCAAGUUUCAGCAUGAACAUGGACUCUUCCUGGUUUUGUUUCACUUAGUACAAUUCAAGGUGUAGCAAGUGUAGCUACACAGAUAGCAUUCAACAAAAGCUGCCUCAACUUUUUUCAGAAAAAUACUUUAUUCAUAAAUAUCAGUUUUAUUCACAUGUACUUAAAUGGUGGGGGAAAAUGAUUGCAUUGCAUAAGUUGCCUGCAGACCUUAGCAAGCUCUUCAAAGUAACUCCAUUGUACACAGGAGCACCUGCAUCUGAGAGCAUGCUUACAUUUUAUUGUUCUGCAUAUUACAAACAUAACUUGCAACUUCAGAUAACUUCUUUGACAAAGUAAAUUACUUUUCCCGUUGCAGUUUAUAUGAAGCUACACUGAAGCUUUUUUUUUUAAAUAAACUGCAUCAAGAUCCAACAGAU